AUGUUGUCUAAAUUGCUAAUCACAUCAAUCCUAGCGUUGAUCAGUUUUCGUUCGAGCACGCCUGAAGUAUUAUCAUUUUGUCCAAACAACUGCCAGUGUGAAAAUUCUGAAAUGGUGACCUGCGAAGAAGCUAGUUUUGAUAAAAUACCAGUUAUCUGGCAAUCAACGAUUCGAGCUUUGCAUAUUAAAAACUCAUCGCUUCGUGUCAUUCACAAAAAUGCAUUCAAAAAGUACACAGAUCUAGAAGAGCUAAUAAUUGAAGAUUGCAAGGAGUUGCGAUCCAUUGAAAAAUUCUCGUUUAAAGGUUUACAUCGAUUGAAAUUACUUCGCUUAGCAAACAAUCCAUCGCUAUCUGAAAUUGCCAAAAAUGCAUUUUCUCAAAUUUCCAAUAGGCAUGGUUUGCGAAUUCAAUUACUUAAUAACAGCUUCCAUCGAAUACGACACGGUUUAUUUAGACGUCUUAGUCACUUGCGCGAGUUUACUUUAGAGAAUCAAAAUUUGAAAAUUGAAACAAAUGCAUUUGCUGGCCUAACACAAGUUGAUUUUUUUAAUUUAUUUGGUGUUAUUUCAUUUGGAUUACGACCAUUUGAGAAUGUCACCAGAAUUCAUAGGCUUGAAAUUGGUCGUUCUCAGUUCUCUAUUUCUGAUGGCAUAUUCGCUGCGAUUUCGCAUGUCCGAGAAAUUUACAUUACUUCAAAUGAUAUUCAAAGUAUCGAUACUGGAGCAUUUAAUGGAUUGUACACAAUUGGCUGUUUAACUGUUAGUAAUAACAAAAUUGGCAACAUUUCGGGUCAUGCAUUCUCAAAUAUUAUCAAUAUUGGUGAUAUUGUGAUCGAACAGAAUAAUAUCCAGCAUUUGGAAACAGAAGCACUGAUAAGUGAAGCUUGGCGGACAAGCUUUCGAGAUAAUGUGCUGCAUUGCAGUUGUGCGAUUACUUGGCUUAAGCAUAUCAAUGUGAAAAAUUAUUUUUUAAUAUAUUAUUUCUAA